AUGGCCAAGCUUGCGGAAGGAGAUUCAGGAACCAUUGGCUCCAUCCAACAGACACCACCAAACCGCUCCAGCUCCAUCAAAGUCAUAGUGACAGGAGGUCUUGGAUUUGUGGGUUCAGCCAUUGUCCGAUCUUUGCAGGAAUUCCAUCCCGACUGGCACGUCUGGAUUCUCGACAGGGCUGAAGAUCCACGACAAGGAAACCCUGACGCGCGAGAUGAUGAGCUGGACUUACUCAGGGGUUGCAAAUAUGACUAUGUCCAGGCGGACAUCACGAACCAGGCCGGCGUCAUGGACGCACUUGCCAUGAUCGACGCAGAUGCCGUUAUCCACUCAGCAGGUAUUGUGCCGUCGUUGAGCGAGAGGUAG